GUCUGUUGUUCUCUCGUACAGUAAGUAAAUCGUUUGCUAUGGAGACUAACAACAGCUAUAGAAAUUGUGACGAUUCUCCAAAAGCUUUCUAAAUACCAAGCAAUAAACAUGGCUGCUAUAAGGAAAAAUGGAAAAUCUCCAGUAAUGACCGCUGCCGUAAGCUGCUCCAGAUUGCGACAGGUUCAAGCUCUGCUGAAGGAUGAUGUUAAUACAGCUCCAGAUGGCAUUCUCUGCUCCCUGGGUAUUGACAGCCGUUACAAUGUAGGCUGCAGUGAGCUGGCCAACUACCUUUUCUGUGAUCGGUAUAAACACUACCGUUUUGACAUAGAGCAGAUCCGAGAUGAUAUCCCAGAGGAGGUGCUGGAUGAUGUGAUCAUCCUUAUUAAGUCAGAGUGUGUGCAUCUGUACUGCAACCCAGUGAAUUAUGGCUACCUGCUUCCUUAUGUUUCUCACUGGAGGAACCUGCACAUCCACUGUCUGACUGAGACGGAGUAUGAGGAUGAAGAGGUGGCAGAGGAAUUUAAGAUUUCAAGUUUUGUGUCCAUGGUUCAAGACUGCCAUUGUAUUGGAAUCCCCUACAGUUCCCAUGGCCAUGUUCAAAAAUUCGACAUGUUCAUGCUGGAGAAAUGGCCCAUCAUUCAGGCAUUUGCACUGGAAGGAAUCGGGGCUGGAGUAUUUUUCACUAUGAAAUAUAAGCUAACAGACGUGAGUCAGAAACUCUGGCAAGUGUAUAGUAGAUUGGACCCAGUUUCUCUGGAAAGCCUUCUUAAUGAGGAUUUGCAGCUUUUUGAAAGACAAUGGAGUUGUCUUUUCUCCAGUAUGGACAUAGAGAGUGCACUGUCCAUGCAGGAGCUGUCAGAGGCCCAAGUUGCAGAGCCUUUCAGAACAUAUUAUUCGCAUGGUCUCAUUUCCAGCAAUAUCACAGACAAGAGUAAAAGCAGGCAGCCGUUUGUCUUGUUUGGGAGUCACUCAGCUAAGGAUGACCUGGAGGAUUACUGUUUCACAUUCCCCUCUGAAGGCCACCAGGUCCGUAACACUGGACCUGAUGGGGGUGUCGCCAAACACAUGCUGCUGCAGUGUGUGGCUCCUAAAGGGCCUCUGGCUUGUGCUCGAACCUAUUUCUUUGGAACCACUCACGUCCCUUAUCUGGGAAAUGACAACACCCAGCAGAAGAGCACUGAUCUCCAGCUGCUUUCACAAAUCUACUCUGCUGCGGUUCAGUCUGUACUGGCAGGAAUCAAAUGUUUUUCCAUCAACUCCAGUCCCAGUAAGGCAAAGGAUGUAGCAGAUCAAACAUUUCAGCUGGCCUUAGAGAAAAAUGGGUUGAUCCAGUACAGGGGAGCUCUUAGGUCCAAAGCUGUGUUUAGCAUACAGGCUGUCGACAAUGACGGAGCAAUUAUUCCACUCAGUGCUGAGGACAGUCGCUUUCUGGUAAAAACUGCGUCUAUGGUGGUGUAUGAUAUUCCAGAUCUUCAAAGUGGAGUAAACCUGGGAUCAGUGGUUUUUUCAGAGUCCUUUGUAGAGUCCAGCAUUUACAUUCAGCAGAGAGAUGGCACCCUUUCCUCAGACAGCGGCUUUACUGUGCUCACCUCAUCAGUUCCUCGCCAUGUCUCCUGGCUGGUUGAUGAAGCUGAUGUGCGAAUGUCUGAACAGGCUCAACAUUUACUGAAGAAGGAGGAUGGUACGUGUUUGGGCAUUCCUCUAACAGUGAAAGACUCUGCCUACAUGUUCUCCAACAGUCUGCUGUCUACACCUGAUGAAGGGAAGCUGGUGUUUUUCACAGAGGGUAUCCUGUUUGUCCAUCCACAUCACGGCUCCGUCACGCUCUCUAUGAGUCACAUCAAUGCCAUUAAACUCUUUGAUGGGAGCUCCUCGUCUGACAUUUCAAUGCUGUUCAUUGAGUAUCAGACCUCUCUUCUUCCACACCUUCCAUUCCCAUUACAUAGUGCCGAAAACUCUCUGGCCAUAGCUCUUAUCCCCAGGACCAAAAGCUACAAAAGCCUUUAUUCUCAGGUCCUGCCAGUUUGGCGCAAGUCAGAAUCUGAGCUGAGAGUUCAACAUGUCGUCCACGACCAGCUGAGCCCUGAGCACAAAAGCAUGUACGUCAGGCUGUUCAAGCUUUGUGAGACACAUGCUUCAGCAGCAAAUGUCUACGGAGCUAAUUUGAAGACUGCUUAUUCAGAGCUGCCAGAAGAGGGCAGAUUCCUUCAACAUUUUGCCAUCAGCAGUAGUGUGGGUGAAGAGUCUGUCUGCAGCGACCACUUGUCUGCUGUCUUUUCAGACACCGUACCUGAAAAUACCACACCUGAGUCCAAGAAAAAGGUGGUCCUCACCAUCAUCACAGGUCUUCCGGGCAGUCAUAAGGAGAAUCUCUGUGACUUCUUGCUGGAGGUGAAUCAGAACAGUGGCAGGUGGGAGGUGUUUUGUCCUGCAAAGGACGGCUCUGAGGAGUUCAGUGCACCACAUCUUCAGCGGUUCCUGAGCAGCAUUUUGACCAAACAGAGUGAGACGGAUAUGAAGCCCUUCAGGGUUUUGCUGCUUAUACCAGGGUACACGGAUGUGCUAGAUGUAAUCCAAGCUAUAACUGCUCAUCCAGACCCUCAAGUUCACAGCGUUGUGUCAGUGGGUGCCGUGUCAGCCUGCAUCAACCCCCUCACGUCCUUCAUCAAACACAGGCUUUUCUUCCCGAAACUCCUGGAGCAGUGCAGUCAGGGCAUCGUCAGCAACGUUGUCUUCACGGGGCUGACCACCGAGCAGAAGCACACGCUUUUGAAACACACGCAGCAGUUGAUCCGGUCAGCCAAUCCCAGCACUGCAUUCAUCUUAGCAGAAAAAGGAGCAGUCAAAAGGACUGAAGAUAUGAAUCUUAUCCUGAAUAACAGCAGCUUCUCGCAGUCUCACAUGAUCAGAGCACGAUACCUGCUGUAUCCUGGCUGGUGGGAGGGCAGGUUUGUAUCUGGAAGUGGCUCUUUGUCCAUGUCUCAGCAUUGUAUCGAGUUCAGUCGUCCUGUGGACAGAGCAUUAUUUCUGCAGCACUGUAAAGCUCUGAAAUCCUCUCUGAAAGCCAGUCCGUUAACAGGAAACAUCUAUCACAUCAGCGGGAAAGUGAUGUUCUCUGACAACGACAGACUGAUGGUGGUAAACUGUAACUCUAUCAGUGGGUUUGUGACAGUUGCACCCGAUCAGGAAUCUCACCAUGGCCCAGAGACAACAAACAACUCUUACCUAAUCUUUCAUGGAGUGGGGCUCACCCGGGAGGGCCUGAAGGACUGGCUUCGCCAAUGUGCUAAACAGAAAGUGCAAAAGCAGAUUAAGAAGAAUAAGAGGACACUCACCCCACAGGAGAUCAAAUACGUCCAUAUGAAAAGGCACCUUGAUCCUCUUCCUCCUGGUUACUUCUACAACGGUCAUCACUUUGUCAGUUUCUUCGGAGAAAAACAAAAUUUCCAUCCUCUAAUGGACCAGUUCAUAGAAGAAUACGUGCAGGAGGCCAAUAAGGAGAUUGAACGCUUCAACAAGGAGGUGGAUCUUCUGCCACACGCUGAUCUCUUUGACCCCUAAUCCCUCUCAUCUGACAAAUUCACUUUCUGGGGUGGGAAAGGGAGGUCACUCUACAAUCUACAAAGUCCACCAUCCAAUUACCUGCUCAAAACCAUUCACUUCACAUGGCGCAAUGAGGGAUUUGCCAUUGAGGGAUGGCAUUCAAGGGAGAAAAAUCACAGCAUAAUGAGAGAUCCUAUGUCCUGCGUACCAUGACUGUAAACAGCACCAAUGCCCUGAGAAAUGUUGAAACGGCAAUACUAAAAUCUCUGUAAAGCCGAGAAAGCACAACCGGACAUCAUAGUUUAUGUCAAACGUUCACUAUAUACACAGUCUCCAGAUCAUUUCUCCUGCCUAGUGGUAAAAAUGAAUAAUUUCCCUUGCAUCAUUUGGUUUUCCCACUGUAAUUCCAGUGCCUAGCAGACACAUUGAGCUGAAUUGUAAUGAAGUUUCUCACCGAAGCUAAAUGUGAUCAAACACGAGAAGGCUCAUUUCCAGCCAUGCACAUCUGGACAGACAGGUGCAUUGCACCUGCCCUCAGUCAGUGUCUGUCAAUCUAUCGACUGCCGCUGUGAAGAUCAGGGCUGAGGAUCUCUCAUCUGCUGUGCCUCUAAUUUGACCCAUUCAGUAAUGAUCAACCAAACCCCAGUGUUUCAAGCACAAGUCACACUUAUUCGGGACGGGUGGAGGGGGGUAGGUUUACGGCACGGGUCAGAUUUGUUCUUAAUAUGGUCUUAUUUGAUGUUGGGCUGAUCUAGCACCGUUGGGAUUGGUUUGGUGUGUUUGUGUUAAGCCUGUGCUUAGGGCUGUACUGAAGCCUUAGCGUGUGUUGCUGAAGCUGAUCUAUACUGUUUAGCUCUAUAGCGUUUAGUAUUACGGUCAUAUUUUAGCUCUGUGAUGGGAUGUGUGUGUCUUCUAUGCAUGUUUACUAUUGACUAAUCCCACACAGCAGGGAAGCAGCAGUGUCUUUAAUACACAAUCACAUUGGAUAGGCAAGCCUUAAAAAGCCAACUAAUGCUUUUUUAAACAAUUGUAUCGUACUUCCAAAGAAACUCGGACACUGCUGGUCUCCUCUGUGCUGCAAUAUACCUGUGAAUUACUACACAUGACUACAUAGGUUAGCAGCUCUCUCACCAAGCCAUAUUCACUCUUAAGAGUUGGCCACUGUGCUACUGUUGCUAUGGGCAACUUUUUUCACUGUUGCUAUGGAGAUUUACAAAUAUGGUAAACCUGCCUUUUGUCUCCGGAGACCGUACGUCUCUUGGCACUCCUGUACCUUGUCAGUAUGCAAGUGCGGUUUUACUCAAGGCUGCCCUGUUAUAGACCGACUCUGAAAGGACGUUGCAAAGGAUGUAGAUCUACUUUAAACCGACGAGGAACGCAAACUAAUAAGCGAUAGAGCCUUACGAGCAUGCAACAAUGCGCUCCGACUUGGUAGGAAUGGCGUUGCUAUCCGUGUCGGAUUCUACAUGGCAGCUGUCCUUAAAGAGCGCAGGGCUCCAUUUAUAUAAUAUGCGUUUUAAAGUAGCAGCUAUUUUUAGCACAUACUAUCCGCAUGUGUUGAGGUGUCUUAUUAUAAGUUUUAUUUACUCCAACAGAAAUGCCUUUCACCAAACUGGAGCAACAAAGACAGAAAUCGUAAGAGUUCUUACGAUCUAUUUUUCAUAUUGGAAAUGUGAAAAGAUUUAUCUUGAGAGAAAACUGAAUUCUAUUUUUCUAAUGCUGUGAAAUCAAUUCAAUUGGAGCCAGAUGAUAGUAUUCCCUCGGUAAAGCAGAUGCUCUCCCUGCGAGAGGGAUUUUGGCUGCUGCUAUAGAGUCUUGGCUCGGAGCGGGGGCAUCCCCUGGCACAGCCAAGAGCCAGCGUUGGUGAAAGGAUAUGGACGGUAGGGUCCGCUGGGUAACAGAAAGGCACUGGAGGGCCACUGCAAAACUCAAGAUGAAGAAAAGGAUUUGGAGGGGAUGUUUUGGUGUUCUUUGGAUGUGUGGACACCAUAAUCUGGCUGUUGCUCCUUAUUGCAGAGAGCUCUAGUGAGGCCCUCCAGAGGCUAUUUCUGGUAUUGCGCGCUUUAAUACCUACUGGCCUACACAAAUGUACCUGUGGAGCUGAAGUUAGAGGAAUUAAACAGAGUUUGGUGAAUUUGACAUUAACAUGUCAAGAAUAAUCUUGAAUUAGCUGCAAUACUAUUUAAAUAGGAGGGAUAGUUUUGUCUUUAUUGUUUUUGUGGAACAAAAACGACCUUGGUUUCCAAUUUAAGGUCAAAUUUUCCAAAAUAAGCACUUUUUUAGGCUAAAAUCUGAAUUCUGGGUCUCUACUUUGCGUUAUAUUCAUAUUAGAUGAAUAUUCAGGGUUUCGUCGGUUGUUGAAGGCUUGGUCCUGACCUAAGGGUUUUACCUUAUCCAGCCCCUAAUGCUUGCUGAAAGUAUUCCUUCAGACAGCACGUAUUGUGUUCUCAGGUAUUUACUAUAUUAGAGUUGGUAACCAGCAUACAAAUUAGUUAUUUUAAACAUAAACACAACUGGCCUAGAUUUUGUAGAUGAUGUGCUGUGUUUCGGGGGAAAACGGUAAAAUUAGUUAAAGGGCUAAAUGAUUUUAUUGCUGCUGUGUGGCUGAGGACAAGCCUGAGAAUUCCUUGUGAAGCCUGAACGUUGAAAUAGAUAAAAAUAGCUAUUAUUAGCUAGUAUUUGCACAAAGCUAAACAUGCAUAAUCUUGUUGAGCAUGAGACAUUGGCUCUCUUUUUUUGACCCAGAGGGAAAAUGUGGAAUUCACAGUAGAUACAAUAUUCCCCAGUCCUUACCUCAGUAUCAGAAUAUCCAAUUCUCAGAAUUCAUGAUAUCUUUUGAUAUCUUCUCAAGUGAAAAAGAUUUCUGAUGGUUUUACUUGAAAAGUGCCAAAUGUUCUUGAAUAAGUUCUUGGUGUUUUUUUAUUUUAAGGGGAUAAAGAAAUGUUUGUGAAAAUUCAAAAUUUGAGUGUUGUUUGCACAAAACUACUGUAACUCCUGUUUGCUCCUGUGACUGAUGCUUUUUCUAAUAUAUACUGUAUGUUGUAUUUAUGACUAAACACAUUAAAAUAUUUAUAAGCUA